GCACCUCCGCCCGCCACCUGCAACAGGCUGCACCUCCUCUCCCUCCGCAACCGUCUCACGCACACACACGCACGCGCACGCACGCACGCAGCAGCGGGAAACCUCCACUUUGCGCUGAAAUUGUGAUCCUCAGAGGCUUGCUGUCACAAUGGAUGUCUCUCUCUUCUCUAUAAGCUUUCAUUUUAUGAUGAAGCCUACACAUAAACCCUACAUACCUAGCUAGCAAUUCAUUUAGAUUUAUUCCCAUUAGUUUUAUUGGAACUUGGCAGGAACUGAGGAGAAUCCAUUUUUGCUGUAGAAAUUUAUUUAAAAACACAUUACCAUUGAACCACAUCCAUUGGCUUGUUUUACCUCCAAUUGUUUUAAUUAAAUUGAAUUUCAAGUAGCGAUGGAUACAACGACACUAGCAACCCUGGCUGCUGCCACUACAGUCGUUCUGGCAUCUCAGUCCACCAUGUCAGGCUAUUUGUGGCUGCUGGUGUUAGGCUUCGUCAUUGCCUUCAUCCUAGCUUUCUCUGUGGGGGCCAACGAUGUGGCCAACUCCUUCGGCACCGCAGUGGGCUCCGGGGUGGUCACCUUGCGUCAGGCCUGCAUCCUGGCUACUGUCUUUGAGACGGUGGGCUCGGUGCUGCUGGGGGCAAAGGUCAGCGAGACCAUACGAAAAGGCAUCAUUGACGUCCAGAUGUACAACGGCUCUGAACACGUCCUGAUGGCAGGAUCCAUAAGUGCAAUGUUUGGCUCCGCUGUGUGGCAGCUGGCUGCAUCUUUCCUGAAGCUCCCCAUUUCUGGAACACACUGCAUUGUUGGCGCCACAAUUGGCUUCUCCAUGGUAGCCAGAGGUCACCAAGGGGUCAAAUGGAUGGAGCUACUGCGCAUUGUGGCAUCCUGGUUCCUGUCCCCUGUGCUGUCAGGCAUUAUGUCCGGAAUUCUCUUCUAUUUCGUUCGCAAAUUCAUUCUGAACAAGGCUGACCCUGUUCCCAACGGCCUCCGAGCUCUUCCCGUCUUCUACGCCAUCACCAUAGCCAUCAACCUCUUCUCCAUCAUGUUCACAGGAGCACCAUUGUUGGGUUUUGACCGAGUGCCGUGGUGGGCGACACUGGGCAUUGCGCUGGUCUGCGCCUUGGUCACAGCCUUGGUUGUUUGGUUCGUCGUCUGUCCCGUCCUGAAGAAGAAAAUCAAACGAGAAACGGCUGCAGCUCCCUGUGAAACUCCCCUAAUGGAGGAGACCCCCAUCAAGCGUGCGCCAGCAGAGCCGCCCUCAGCCCCUCGGGACCCUCAACACCCUCAACGCUCUCAACACCCUCAACGCCCUCAACGCCCUCAGUACCUUCAACACCUUCAACACCUUCAACACCCUCAACACCAAACUCCACAUGCAGACAGCCAGAAUGUGGCUUUCAAACUUGGAGGCUCAGAAGAAGCUGGUUUGGACAACCAUGACAUGGAAACCAAAGACUUGGACUUCAGUAAUGGCCAAAAUGGCAACGUUGGCCCCAUGAUGAUCACCGACCCUCACAGUGGACGGUCUCACGCCAUCCACAAAGAUUCCGGCCUUUACAAAGACCUGCUGCACAAGCUUCACGUGGCUAAGGUCGGGGACUGCAUUGGCGACAGCGACACGGAGGAGCGACCCAUCAAGAGGAGCAACAGCUACACCUCCUACACCAUGGCUAUCUAUGGCAUUCAAGGAGACCCUAAAUACAAGGACCUGGACGGCGAGCUGCAAGGCAGAUCCAGGGUGGCAAGCUACAGCAGCUACAGCUCAGCAGUGACCAACGGGAGCGCAGUUCGGGACGAGAGCGUGACCCAGGAAGCCGGAGGGGACGUCGCUGUGGAAGAGGACGAGCUGGAGGUUGACCAACCGGCCGUCUCCGCCCUCUUCCAGUUCCUCCAGAUACUCACGGCGUGCUUUGGCUCCUUCGCUCACGGAGGGAACGACGUCAGCAAUGCGAUCGGUCCACUGGUGGCUCUGUGGCUGGUGUACGAGAGCGGCUCCGUGGUGUCCAACGCACCUACGCCCAUUUGGUUGCUUCUUUACGGCGCAGUGGGCAUCUGCGCUGGACUCUGGGUAUGGGGACGUAGAGUGAUGCAAACCAUGGGCAAAGACCUUACACCAAUUACACCCUCCAGUGGAUUCAGCAUUGAGUUAGCGUCAGCACUCACAGUUGUUGUGGCAUCCAACGUCGGGCUUCCUGUCAGCACAACGCACUGCAAGGUGGGAUCCGUGGUGGCUGUAGGAUGGCUGCGCUCGAGGAAAUCUGUCGACUGGCGUCUGUUCAGGAACAUCUUCAUCGCCUGGUUUGUGACGGUUCCAAUCUCCGGGAUUAUCAGCGCUGCCAUUAUGGCUCUGUUCAUAUACGUUGUUCUGUAAGCACUGCUCAUCCACGCUGGGACCCCGACUGCAACCAACAAUUAUUUCUUGACUGACUGAUUUAACAACAACAUUCUUGACAACAUGUUUUAGUGGAUUUCUUUUAAUUAUGUUUAUAAUAUAAUUCAAAGCCAGUAGCGUUUGCUCACAAGAAUGUGUUUAUGAUGAAUGAUGUUAUAUCUUAUAACGCUGUUGAAAUAUCCUAUGAUCUUGUAUAUUACAAUGUACUGUAUAUUUUUUAUAAAAGCAAUCUAUUAAAAAUUGAAUUAUUCCAUUUUCACGAGAAAACAACAAAUAGUCGCUAUGUUUGCAUAUUUGGAUGUUAUUAAACAACAUGUUGCUUUAUUUGAUGGAAUUUAAAUGUAUUUGAUGUAUUUACUCACUAUUAAAAAAAAAACUACAACGUC